AUGCAUCGUCGUACGCCGCCUGAGCGUCAAGUACGCAACCCCAAAGACGAGGAAGCCUUGAGUGGUGCUGCAAAUGUCCCCCAAGGAUCUGGUGUUGAGAGUCCACCCGAAGCUGCUUCGAAUCUUCCCACGUCGACUAGACAGCAUUCUCAUCUGCAAGCCACAGAAAACGUAGGUGCUUCAGCUGAUCCAGUCACAUCUGCUCAGCUCCAGCAAUCGGCGCGCCAAUCACGUGGAGAGCAGCCACAUCGGUCUGCUCUGUUUGCCACACGAAAAAGCAACACAACUAGCGGGCUCCUCGACUGCGCUCAAUUGUUUCAGUGUAGUAAAGGCGAUUCAGACACAAGUCCUCCAGUGUUUGAACCUAAUAACCCACUCAGUCAAUGUUCUGAGGUUCUAGAACAUUGUCCAAUUGGCGACCGGAGCAAAUGUCGUCCCGUCCAACCAGACACCACGAAUGAUCACCAUAAGCAAAAGAAGAAGAAGAACAAGAAGAAGACGAAUAGGAACGAUAAAUGA